UAUGGGAACAAUUUAUAUUUUUGUGCGGUAUCGGUGCUUCAAUUUAGACCGUCGCUUCUUCUGAGUCAAAACCACCUUCUCAUUUUUCUUGAGAUAGGAAAAAGAAGCAUUUAUAAUUUUAGAAGCAUUGGAUAGUCUUAAUUAUCCAACAUGUCUUCACGCAAAGCAAUUCUCUCACUCUCUGGGGUGAGAGCCGCAAUUCCUAAACGCAGCACCUCUGUCGUCCCUCGACAAAUUCAAAGAUAUCAAUCCUCCUCUACUUCAGCUCUAGAAUAUAAGGCACUCCACCGCCGCAUUUCACCCCUUCCUACAUCCGAUGCGCCUCCAGCGUGGUCUGCUCAAGCAGCUGUCUCCAACAUUCUCUACGAAACCCCCGCCCCUUCUGUCACCCCCGCAAAGCGCCAUGUCCUCAACUGUCUCGUACAAAACGAACCUGGUGUGCUCUCUCGCGUCUCUGGCAUUCUCGCAGCUCGUGGCUUCAACAUCGAUUCCUUGGUCGUUUGCUCUACUGAGGUCGAAGAUUUGUCCCGAAUGACAAUUGUUUUGUCCGGUCAAGACGGUGUUGUUGAGCAAGCUCGUCGUCAAUUGGAAGAUUUGGUUCCAGUCUGGGCUGUUCUCGAUUAUACCACAUCACCCCUCGUACAAAGGGAAUUACUUCUUGCGAAAAUCAAUCUUCUCGGUCCAGAAUACUUUGAGGAAUUAUUGGCGCAUCACAGAGAAAUUACUGCUAGUGAUCCUGAAGCUUUGGAAGGACCAGAUGACUGGGCUACAAAGAGAUUGGCAGAAUUGAAGGAUAGUGAUGAUUUCCAUCCCAUCAAAUUGGCCCAAAGUCAGGCUUUAAGACACAAGCAUGAGCAUUUGAAGUCAAUCACAUAUUUCACACAUCAAUUUGGAGGCAAGGUUUUAGAUAUCAGCACACACAGCUGUAUUGUCGAGGUGUAAGUCACUUAACUAUUUGUUUCGCCUACAGAAACAUACUAACAAAAUGGCAUAUAGCUCAGCCAAACCAACCAGAAUCGAUUCAUUCAUGAAGCUGAUUGCUCCAUUCGGAAUCCUCGAGUCUGCACGAACAGGUCUUAUGGCUCUUCCUCGAUCUCCACUAUACGGUCCCAACGAACAAGAUAACUUAGUGAAGGACGCGGAGGAAAUUGUUGAUGCAAGCACUUUACCGCCAGGAUAGAUACGAUGACAUGUGGUUUAAUGGAUAUGGAGUUGGCGUCACAAAUUAUCUAAAAUAAUGGAGGAAAAGAUUUAUUUCUGCAUGCAAUUCUGUGUAUCAUUUACAUCAAUUAAAACAAACAACAAUGUUUCC